UUUUUUUUUUUUUCACACUUUAUUUUUAUUCCUUCUACACAUUCAUACACGACAACAAACAUGUCUACUGCUGGUCAGGUUAUCAAGUGCCGUGCUGCCGUCGCCUGGGAGGCUGGCAAGCCUCUCUCCAUUGAGGAAGUUGAGGUUGCACCACCAAAAGCCCACGAAGUCCGUAUCAAGAUCCUUUACACCGGCGUUUGCCACACCGAUUCAUAUACUCUCUCUGGCAGUGAUGCUGAGGGUGUGUUCCCUUCUAUCCUCGGUCACGAAGGUGGCGGUAUUGUCGAGUCGGUCGGUGAGGGUGUCACUGAAGUUGCACCCGGUGACCAUGUCAUUCCUCUCUACACUGCCGAGUGCCGCGAGUGCAAAUUCUGCAAGAGCGGCAAGACCAACCUUUGCGGUUCCGUCAGAGCCACUCAGGGUCGUGGUUUGAUGCCUGAUGAGACUGUUCGUUUCACCUGCAAGGGCAAGCCUAUCUACCACUACAUGGGCUGCUCCACUUUCUCCGAAUACACUGUCGUCGCCGAUGUCUCCGUCGUCAAGGUCGACCCCAAGCCCAGCCUUCAGAAGCUCUGUCUUUUGGGUUGCGGUGUCACCACUGGUUUCGGUGCAGCCACCAAGACUGCCAAGGUCACCGCUGGUUCCUCUGUUGCCAUUUUCGGUAUGGGAUGCAUUGGCUUGAGCGUUGCUCAAGGUGUUGUGUACAACGGCGCCUCGCGCAUCAUUGCUGUUGAUACGAACCCUGCCAAGGAAAAGUUGGCCCGUGAGUUUGGCUGCACUGAGUUUGUCAACCCUAAGGAUUUCAACGAGCCCAUCCAGCAGGUGCUUGUUAACAUGACCGACGGUGGUUUGGACUACACCUUUGACUGCACGGGUAACGUUCACGUGAUGCGCUCUGCUCUCGAAGCAUGCCACAAGGGCUGGGGCGAGUCCACCAUCAUUGGUGUUGCCGCAGCUGGUCAGGAAAUCAGCACGCGCCCAUUCCAGUUGGUCACCGGUCGUGUAUGGCGCGGAUCUGCCUUUGGUGGCGUCAAGGGCCGCUCCGAAAUGGGCGGUUUGGUGCAGAACUAUCUUGAUGGCAAGCUCAAGGUCGACGAGUUUAUCACUCACACUAUGGACUUUGACGAUAUCAACAAGGCCUUCGAUGCUAUGCACUCGGGCGAUUGCAUUCGUGCCGUUGUCACUGUCUGCAAGGAGUAAAUCUUAGUACUUGAAUAAUAAAAAGAAAUUAACAACAAUGA